CUCCCGCUCUAAUGCGCGCCGCCAAGCCCUGAAUGACCUAACGCUUGUGACGAUGCUCUAUCUGCCGGAGAGCGCAGCCCCGUGUGCAGUCCGCUUGCCCCCCUGAGCUGGGCUUCUGCUCCACGGAUAUGCUCUCGGUGCGCUCGGCUUGCUCGGACGCCCGACACUCACAGCCGCAGGAUGUACUUUAACCGGCGAUCGAAGAAGAUCCACAGCGAGGGAGAGCAGUUAGUGUUGACUUCUCUUAGCCAGGAGCCCGCCUGCCAGCCGGACCAACCGACCAACAUGCGCUCCCGUCUGGCAGACAGGUUUGAGAAAAGACCCGCCUGCUCGUCCACCGGCUACCGCAGGGCAGAAGACGAGAUGUCCGCCAGCACGUCGCACGCGGAGCCCGCAGACUUCUCGGCGAGGACCGUGUACCUCAACCGGACACAGAGCACCAAGUUCUGCGACAACCACGUCAGCACAACAAAGUAUGGCAUCUUCACCUUCCUGCCUCGCUUCCUGUACGAACAGAUCCGGCGAGCUGCCAAUGCUUUCUUCCUCUUUAUCGCCCUAAUGCAGCAAAUCCCUGACGUCUCACCAACAGGACGCUACACCACGCUGGUGCCCCUCAUCUUCAUUCUGACUGUGGCUGGGAUUAAGGAAAUUAUUGAGGACUAUAAAAGGCACAAAGCAGACAAUACAGUGAACAAAAAGAAGACAACAGUGUUGCGCAACGGCACAUGGCAGACAAUCAUCUGGAAACAGGUGGCAGUGGGAGACAUAGUGAAGGUGACCAAUGGGCAGCAUCUCCCCGCUGACAUGGUCAUAGUGUCCUCCAGUGAGCCUCAGGCCAUGUGUUACACCGAGACCUCAAACUUGGACGGAGAAACCAACCUGAAAAUCCGACAAGGUCUCUCUCUUACAGCCAGUUUGCAGUCUGUAGAGGACCUGAUGGGUCUGUCCGGUCGGCUGGAGUGUGAAGGACCUAACAGACACCUGUAUGACUUCACCGGCACAUUGCGACUAGAAAACCAUAAUCCAGUUCCUCUCGGACCGGACCAGGUGUUACUCCGAGGAGCACAGAUUAGAAACACGCAGUGGGUUGUAGGAAUCGUUGUCUACACCGGCCAUGACUCCAAACUCAUGCAGAACUCCACUAAAGCUCCUCUGAAGCGCUCCAAUGUAGAGCGAGUGACCAAUGUCCAGAUCCUGGUGCUGUUUGGGAUCCUCCUGGUAAUGGCACUGGUCAGCUCUAUUGGUGCAGCCAUCUGGAACAAGCAACACAAAGACGUGGAGUGUUGGUACCUCUCCCGUACAGAUGACAUCUCUCUGAACUUCUGGUACAAUCUGCUGACGUUCAUCAUUCUGUACAAUAACCUGAUUCCCAUCAGCCUGCUGGUCACACUGGAGGUCGUCAAGUUCACACAAGCUCUAUUUAUAAACUGGGACAGGGAGAUGUACUACGCCGAGACGGACACUCCCGCCAUGGCACGCACGUCCAAUCUGAAUGAAGAACUCGGCCAGGUGAAAUAUCUAUUUUCUGAUAAGACCGGCACUCUGACCUGUAACGUCAUGCAUUUUAAGAAGUGCACCAUCGCCGGGAUCACAUAUGGGCACUUCCCAGAUCUCGACUCAGAUCGAUCAAUGGAGGAUUUCAGCCACCUUCCCUCUAGCAACCACAGCUCCACUGAGUUUGAUGAUCCUGCUCUCAUUCAGAACAUAGAGAAGAAUCAUCCCACCUCUCCUCAGAUCUGUGAAUUUUUGACCAUGAUGGCCGUGUGUCACACUGUGGUUCCUGAGCGAGAUGGAAACCAGAUCAUAUAUCAGGCCUCCUCACCAGAUGAAGGAGCGUUGGUUAAAGGUGCCAAAAGCCUGGGUUUUGUAUUUACAGCAAGAACUCCACAUUCGGUCAUCAUAGAAGCGCGUGGAAAAGAAAUGACUUACGAGCUGCUUAAUGUGCUUGAAUUUUCCAGCAACCGAAAGCGCAUGUCAGUAGUGGUGCGAACUCCAGCAGGAAAACUGCGAUUGUAUUGCAAGGGAGCGGAUAACGUGAUCUUUGAGCGACUGAAUGAAGCCUCCCAGUAUAAAGAUCUGACCAUAGCACACCUCGAACAGUUUGCCACUGAAGGUUUACGGACUCUGUGCUUCGCGUACGUGGAUCUGGAGGAAAGUGCGUAUCAUGAGUGGCUGAAGGAGUACAAUCGUGUAAGCACAGUCCUGAAAGACCGAGCACAGAAACUAGAGGAAUGCUACGAGCUGCUGGAGAAGGACUUGUUGUUGCUCGGAGCCACGGCUAUAGAGGACCGUCUGCAGGCUGGAGUCCCUGAGACCAUCGCCACUCUCAUGAGGGCGGACAUCAAGAUCUGGGUGCUGACCGGAGACAAACAGGAGACAGCCAUCAAUAUCGGUUAUUCCUGCAGACUGGUGUCACACGGCAUGUCCCUCAUCAUCGUCAACGAAGACUCUCUGGAUGCAACACGGGCCACGUUGAUCGCUCACUGCUCGUCUCUGGGAGACUCUCUGGGGAAGGAGAACGAAUUAGCGCUCAUCAUCGAUGGCCAGACGCUGAAAUACGCUUUAUCGUUUGAAGUGCGUCAAGCUUUUCUCGACUUGGCCUUGUCCUGCAAGGCAGUCAUCUGCUGCAGGGUGUCUCCUCUGCAGAAAUCGGAGAUAGUGGACAUGGUGAAGAAGCAUGUGAAGGCAAUUACCCUGGCCAUCGGAGACGGAGCCAAUGACGUGGGUAUGAUCCAGACGGCACACGUUGGAGUCGGCAUCAGUGGUAACGAGGGCAUGCAGGCCACCAACUCCUCCGAUUACUCCAUAGCACAGUUCUCAUACCUUGAGAAGCUCCUGCUGGUUCAUGGAGCCUGGAGCUACAACCGAGUCACUAAAUGCAUCCUGUACUGUUUUUACAAGAACGUGGUGUUAUACAUCAUAGAGCUGUGGUUUGCGUUUGUAAAUGGCUUCUCGGGGCAGAUUCUGUUUGAGCGCUGGUGCAUCGGUCUCUACAACGUGAUUUUCACAGCUCUCCCUCCCUUCACACUGGGGAUUUUCGAUCGUCCUUGUAGCCAGCAGAACAUGCUCCGCUUCCCACAGCUGUACCGCAUCACACAGAACGCAGACGGCUUCAACACCAAGGUGUUUUGGGGUCACUGUAUAAACGCUCUUAUCCAUUCGAUCAUUCUAUUCUGGUUUCCGCUGAAAGUACUGGAACAUGACACUCCGUUCUCCAACGGCAACAGCGUGGACUACCUAUUUGUGGGAAACAUCGUAUACACGUACGUGGUGGUCACUGUGUGUCUGAAAGCCGGGAUGGAGACCACAGCAUGGACCAGGUUCUCUCACCUGGCCGUUUGGGGCAGCAUGGCGCUCUGGAUGGUCUUCUUUGCCGUGUAUUCCUUUAUCUGGCCACACAUUCCCAUUGCCCCUGACAUGCUGGGCCAGGCCGGUAGGGUCAUGCAGUGCUGGAGCUUCUGGCUGGGGUUGAUAAUGGUCCCGGCUGCAUGCCUGCUCAAAGACGUGGCGUGGAACGCAGGGAGGCGCACAGUAAGGAAGAGUCUUCUAGAAGAGGUACAGGAGUUGGAGGCCCGGGCUGUUGAUCCUGGCGCGGCCGUCCUCAGAGAUGCCAGCGGCCGCAGUCUGAACGAGCGCGCCCACCUGUUGACUCGGGUGUUCAGGAAGACGCCGUCCAGCGUGGGGCGCUCCAGCUCCGUUCAGCAGACCGUCUCACAUGGCUAUGCAUUCUCCCAGGAAGAGCAUGGGGUUGUGUCCCAAUCCCAGGUAGUGCGUUCUUACGACACGACCCGCCAGCGGCCCAGCCUGUAGCUACAUCAGUAACAAGAUUGCCAAGGCGGCAGCUGAAACUUUUUUUAAAGGGACAUUUCCAUCCCACGUGAGCCUGCUGUGGCCUUACUGAAGUAACCGGACUGAAUAGGACCGGGCCGGGCCUCGCUACACACUAACCAAGCCUUUUAAAACAAGACUCAACCAUGGGAAAUGGGUGGGGACAGUGGCGGGGGGAGGGGAGGGGUGUAAUCUCGCAAAAUGAAGAAAACAGCCAGUCAGAAUGUGCCAUGCUGUGAAGGAUGGGAGGGAGGAGUCAAUCAGCACCCAGAAUCCAUGCAUGGAAACCAGAGACACUGGUGUUUCUGUCUGUAUCUAUCACACUGCGGUACAAAGCCCUGUGGAUGUUGUCAUGCAUGUGCGUAUACAAACGCGUGUACGUGUGUUUGGUGUGUGUGUGUGCGUGUGUUCUUGUUUCUAUGUGUGUUUGUGUGGGUGUGUUUGUGUGUGUGUGUGUGUGUGUGGUUUCUGUUUCUUUGAGUUUGGACUUCAGCUUGUCCGUCAUCAUCAGUGCAAUGCAGGGAGAGCUCUUGAAAAUAAACAUCAAACAGACACCCUGAGGAAUUCCUUUUCUCACUGCCAAACUCUGUGUGUGUGUGUGUGUGUGUGUAAAAGCUCGAUUUUUGAUUUGUUUGGUUACCUGACAGAACAACAAUCAGUUCUGCCCUGAGAAACCUCCUGAGUGUGUAAGCACAUGUGUGUAUAAAGCUGACAGACACAGAGCCAUAGUCUAGAUUGACCUCCUGUAUAUUAAUACACACACACACACACACUUGUGCACACACACACAAAACACCCCCUCCACCCACCAUUACAGCCUCACUGCCAAAGAAUACAGAGAUGGCACUGAGGCAUAACCCUUACUCAGUGUGGAGCUCCCCAAACACACUCAACUCCUACGCACACACAUAUACACACACACACUUACUUAUCUCUUCUUCACCUCAUCCCCUUGCUCUUUCCCCUCUCUCUCUCUCUCUCUCUCUCUCUCUUUCUCUCUCUCUCUCUCCGUCUCUGGCUUCAGGGGUUGUGUCUGGCUUCGUAGUCCUUCCGCUCUGCCUGUUUUCUGCCAAAUAAACCGGACUCAUUUUUCUGCAUCAUUC